UCCCAUGGUGCAUCGCUUUAUUUUGUCUAGUAGCUCAGGGAGAUCCGACAGGCAGCAUCACCGACAUGCCCUGCAAGGUGGACUGCGCUUAGCCGCUAAGGCUAGCCCCUUCAUCCUGUGUUUAGUAGAUUUUAGAUGCUCCUCGGAGGCCAACUAUUUGUAUCUGAAAGUUUUAAGGGUGGAAUAAAUCCAGACAUAUAUCACCAUGGCCUCAGCAAACGUGACGUUGGAGAAUCAGUUGCACAGCGCUCAGAAGAACCUGCUCUUUCUGCAGCAGGACCACGCGAACACACUGAAGGGGCUUCAUGCUGAGAUCCGCAGGCUACAGCAGCAAUGCACGGACUUGACCUAUGAACUCACUGUGCGGAGCUCUGAUCCAUCAGACAGCAGCGAGGAGCGAUGCAAGGAGCUGCAAAGGAGGUGCGAGGAGCUGGAGGCCCAACUUAAAAAGAAGGAGGAGGAGAACACGGAGCUGCUCAGAGACCUGGAGCAAAAGAACGCCAUGAUCUCCGUCCUGGAGAACACCAUCAAAGAGAGGGAGAAGAAGUACCUGGAGGAGCUGAAGAUGAAGAGCCAUAAGCUGGCCGUGUUGUCCGGGGAGCUGGAGCAGAGGGCCAGCACCAUCGCUUACCUCACCUCUCAGCUUCACGCCACCAAGAAGAAGCUUUUUGCUGGGAGUUCCUCCGAGGCGAGCCCUAACGUCAGUCCCAUCAGCUCAUACAAGCCAACGCCCCCCCCUGCCAAAGAGAGGCAGCCUGAGACCCCCCGCCGCCGUAUGAAGAAAAGCCUGUCCCAGCCGCUCCACCCAGAGCUCACAGAGGUGUACCGCCUCGGCCCGGACGGGCGGCGGGUGGUCCUGAGGGAACCGGUGGACGCCAUGCCCGACCCCACGCCCUUCCUGCAGGCAGGCCGGGAAUCGCCCGAGCACCAGGUGGUGCGUGAACGGCUCCCCGUCCUCCCCCCCAUCGCCUCCGACCACUCCCCCGUCCCUCCCCUGGGGGCGGCAGCCAGUCCCCGACACAGUCCCGCUCGGGACCGUCAGUACAGGGCCCACGUGGGCGUGGCGCACCGCAUCCCGCACGGCACCCCGCCCCUCGCCCCGCCGCAGGCCGAGCUGGAGACGCUGGCGGUGGACCAGGUCAAGGAGCACAAGGUUGUGCAGAAGCGCUCGGAAGCAGAUAGGACAGUUUAACACUGCAGCUGCGCAUUCAUCUAGGGCCAGAUGCAUAAAACUCCGUUUUAUGAUUAAAACAGAGUAUAAGCACAAAGGCAGAAACGUGCUUAUGCGGUCCAUUUGCUGGAUUUAUAAUAAACCUUGCCGAAAUACUCAUACUGCUUGAAACUUUACUACAUUCUGUUUGGUUUCAACCACAAACUUCAGUUUAUUUGGAGCUAAUUUACUGCUGCAGAAUCAGAGCAUCAUUUUGAAGGAAGGAAAGAAGGGAGGAAGGCAGGCA